GGGGGCUGCCCAGAGCGGCGUAGGUCGGAGAGCGUCAGGCAGCGCCGCGCGGGUCGGCAGGUUCCCGCCUCGGAGCUCCCGGCGAAGCUGGCUUGGUCCCGCGCGGGCGCCCGCAGACUCAUGGAGAGGAACCCCGGCGAGCCGAGGCGCCGAUCCGCUUCCUCGGGAUCCGCCAGCGUGUCUUGCUAGAGGCCCCCAGUCACGACCCCCCCUCGCGGGCGUCCAUUCAUGCACCCUCUCGCCCAGCGCCAGCCUGCAGCAGGAUCCGCCUCAUCGCCCUUCCGCGUGCGCGCUUUUCUCCCGGGGGUGUCCCGCCUCCUCGCCCCUUCCCCGCGCCGCGCCGCGCCUGAAGAUGCACUUGCAAAGGGCUCUGUUGCUCCUCUCCCUCCUGAGCUUGGCCACCGUCAGCCUGUCGCUCUCCUCCUGCACGACGCUCGACCUGGAGCACAUCAAGAAGAAACGGGUGGAGGCAAUCCGGGGCCAGAUCCUGAGCAAGUUGCGCCUCACCAGCCCACCGGAGACUGUGGGGCCAAGCCACGUGCCCUAUCAGAUUCUGGCUCUGUAUAACAGCACCAGGGAGCUCCUGGAGGAGAUGGAAGAGGAGAAGGAAGAGAGUUGCUCCCAGGAUCACACCGAAUCUGAGUACUACGCCAAGGAGAUCCACAAAUUUGACAUGAUCCAGGGGUUCCCAGAGCACAAUGAACUGACUUUCUGCCCUAAAGGCGUAACUUCCAACAUGUUCCGCUUCAAUGUGUCUUCGGCAGAGAAGAACAGCACCAACCUAUUCCGGGCCGAGUUUCGGGUUUUGCGAGUGCCAAACCCUGGUUCCAAACGCACUGAGCAGCGUAUUGAACUCUUUCAGAUCCUGAAGCCCGACGAGCACAUUGCAAAGCAACGGUACCUCAGUGGCCGGAACGUGAUGACUCGGGGCUCCCCCGAGUGGUUGUCCUUUGAUGUCACAGAGACUGUGCGUGAAUGGCUUCUGCACAGAGAAUCUAACCUGGGACUGGAGAUCAGCAUCCAUUGCCCAUGUAACACCUUCCAGUCCAAUGGUGACAUUCUGGAAAACCUGCAUGAGGUGCUGGAGAUCAAGUUCAAAGGCAUUAACAGUGAGGAUAGUCAUGGGCGUGGGGAUUUGGGGAGUCUGAAGAAGCAGAAAGAUCUUCACAAUCCCCACCUGAUUUUGAUGAUGCUACCACCACAUCGUCUUGGGAAUCCAAGCUUAAGAAGCCAGAGAAAGAAACGAGCACUCGACACCAAUUAUUGUUUCCGGAGCAUGGAGGAGAACUGCUGUGUGCGCCGCCUCUACAUCGAUUUUCGGCAAGACUUAGGCUGGAAAUGGGUCCAUGAGCCCAAGGGAUACUUUGCCAAUUUUUGCUCUGGACCAUGCCCAUACCUCCGCAGUGCAGACACAACUCACAGCACGGUGCUUGGUCUAUAUAAUACGCUGAACCCUGAAGCAUCUGCCUCCCCCUGUUGUGUGCCCCAGGAUCUGGAGCCUCUCACCAUCCUGUACUAUGUUGGAAGGACCCCCAAAGUGGAGCAGCUUUCCAAUAUGGUGGUGAAAUCCUGCAAAUGCAGCUGAAAAAGACUCAGCACCGCCCACAGCUGAGAAACUGUAAUGAUCCACCUUCUGCUCCCAGAGCAAAAAACCAAGAAACAUAGAGAAGGGCACUGUGAUCUGGUCUUCUCACACUAGACAAAAUCCAAGACAAAAUACAGAGUUCAAAGACCUUGGAAAAAGCCCAUGAGCCAACACCACUCUGCCUUCCUGGCUCUGUCACCUUUUCUCUGGGAGUUACUUUUGCAGGAUGGAGGCUUGAAGAAAGAGGCACUCAUACCAGCUACACAUUUAAUGUAACCAAAGAGAACUUCAUUUGAAGAGGCAAGCAUUAGCAGAGCUGUGGACAGAUGGAAGGGUCAGAGAAAAGAAGACAUCUUAUGCCACCACUAACUUUCCUAGGAGCUCAGCCUUUCCUACAGAAGGAUGAAGAUUUCCUUAUAAAGGAACACUAAUAUUUUCUUAGAACCUGGACUAUAAUGGAAAUAAUUAUUCUGCAGACAAUGAGUGCAGGAGUCUGUGGUCCAAACUGCUCAGAAUGGCCAGUUUAAAGAGGACUUAUUGACACACUUCACACAAAGAUGAAUUCCUCUGAAGUUUCUCCCUUCUCCUCGAGUACCUGCUACAUGACCUCUGGGCCAGAGCAGCUGCUUUGCUCCUGUGCCCACCCCCAGCUCAGUUUUAGGCAGUAAAUCUUCAAAUGAGCCUGUAUUUCCUGUGGUGAUUGAGGUAUUCUAAGGAAAUCUGCACAUCUCUUGCACAAGGACCUGGACCAGGCACAGCUGCCAUGGUUAUAUUAAAAAGUAUUAAUCUCAAAUAUUGUAAAAAAAUAAAUAUUUUUUGGAAAUUGGAA